AGCCCGCCAUUCUAGUCAAAAAGCUGCUUUUCCUUUUUUAUUUUUUUCGGCACAUCCGGCUCGCAGCGCCCCGAUCCCCGCCGCCGCCACCACCGCUUCUCCGCCUCCUUCUCCUCCGCUGCCACCAGCACCGCCGCCGCUCCUCUUCUCACUCCUCGCAGCUCCGCGGCCGCCUCUUCUUUCUUCCUUCCUCCGCGAUCCGGGAGGGCGGCUUGUAGUCCCGGGAAGGGGGGACACCGAUCGCGUCCCCCACUUUUUUUUUUUUUUUAUUGUUUUUUUUUAUUUUUGAUUUUUUUAAAAAUGAACAAGCUGUACAUCGGAAACCUCAGCGAGAACGUCAGCCCACCGGAUCUGGAGGGUCUCUUUAAGGAGUCGAAGAUCCCGUUCACCGGGCAGUUUCUGGUCAAGACUGGAUACGCGUUUGUGGACUGCCCCGAUGAGAAUUGGGCGAUGAAGGCCAUCGAUGCCCUAUCAGGCAAAGUGGAGCUGCAUGGCAAAGUUAUAGAAGUCGAGCAUUCAGUCCCCAAAAGGCAGAGGAGUCGGAAGCUACAGAUCCGAAAUAUACCACCUCAUCUGCAGUGGGAGGUUCUGGACAGCCUCUUAGCCCAAUAUGGAACAGUGGAAAACUGUGAGCAAGUGAACACUGACACAGAGACUGCAGUAGUGAAUGUAACCUAUGCCAAUAAAGAACACGCUAGACAGGGGCUUGAAAAAUUGAACGGAUACCAGCUCGAAAAUUAUUCCCUUAAAGUGACUUAUAUUCCUGAUGAGAUGGCAGCCCAACAACCACCCACCCAGCAGCAGCUACAGUCUCCAUCUCAGCCGCAGCAGCAGCAGCAGCAGCAUCCUCAAGGGAGACGUGGGUUUGGUCCAAGAGGACCGCCAAGGCAAGGUUCUCCUGGGGCUACUGCAAGACCUAAACCCCAGUCCGAGGUCCCAUUGCGUAUGCUGGUUCCUACACAGUUUGUAGGAGCCAUUAUUGGCAAGGAGGGUGCCACAAUCCGAAAUAUUACUAAACAGACUCAGUCAAAAAUUGAUAUUCACCGUAAAGAAAAUGCUGGCGCUGCGGAGAAACCUAUUACUAUUCACUCAACUCCCGAAGGCUGUUCAACAGCUUGUAAAAUAAUUAUGGAAAUCAUGCAGAAGGAAGCUCAGGAUACCAAAUUCACUGAAGAGAUUCCCUUAAAAAUUUUAGCACAUAACAACUUUGUUGGCCGUCUCAUCGGCAAAGAAGGGAGAAACCUGAAGAAAAUUGAGCAGGAUACAGACACAAAAAUCACAAUUUCUCCACUGCAGGACUUGACACUAUAUAAUCCUGAGCGGACUAUUACAGUAAAAGGCAGCAUUGAGGCGUGUGCCAAAGCCGAGGAAGAAAUAAUGAAAAAAAUCAGGGAGUCCUACGAAAAUGAUAUUGCAGCUAUGAAUCUACAAGCUCACUUGAUCCCUGGAUUAAACCUGAACGCAUUGGGUCUCUUCCCACCUUCUUCUUCGGGCAUGCCACCUCCAUCUGUUGGAGUGUCUUCACCGACAACUUCUGCUGCCUAUCCACCAUUUGGGCAACAACCCGAAUCUGAAACCGUUCAUCUAUUCAUCCCAGCAUUAGCUGUUGGAGCAAUCAUUGGCAAGCAAGGACAACACAUCAAACAACUUUCACGUUUUGCUGGAGCUUCUAUAAAGAUUGCUCCAGCAGAGGGACCAGAGGCCAAACUGAGGAUGGUGAUUAUCACUGGACCACCAGAAGCCCAGUUUAAGGCUCAAGGAAGGAUUUAUGGUAAACUUAAAGAAGAAAACUUCUUUGGACCCAAGGAAGAAGUAAAACUUGAGGCUCAUAUUAAAGUUCCUUCAUAUGCCGCUGGACGCGUUAUUGGCAAGGGAGGCAAAACUGUUAAUGAGCUACAGAAUCUUACAAGUGCAGAAGUAGUUGUGCCCCGUGAUCAAACCCCAGAUGAAAAUGAUCAAGUGGUUGUUAAAAUAACAGGUCACUUUUAUGCAAGCCAGCUUGCACAGAGGAAAAUUCAGGAAAUACUGGCUCAGGUAAGAAGACAACAGCAGCAGCAGCAGAAGACGGCACAAAGUGGACAGCCCCAACCGAGACGAAAAUAAAGGUUCAAGAAAAUGACCCUUCAGAGACAGAUGCCAGACCAAAGACAGACUGCAUAAUUGACACCUGUCAGUGCUAAGUGGUUGCAAAACACCAUCUAGCUUGUCACCUGUUUGAGGACCAGGCAACAUUAAAACUGUCUCUGAGAAUGUAUUAUUUAGGCUCUCAAACUUUUGAAACCCAGCUUUAAAAACAAAAAAAUGAAAAAAAAAAAUGGAAAAAGAGAAAAAAAAAAAUAAGGACCCCUUCACUUCCCUUUUGAUCUAUUCUCACAAGUUUAACAUAAACCUUGUUAGUCUUUUUUUAUUGUUCUUAUUCCCCCGACAAUUUUAGAACUUUGUUUAAUGAAGCUUUCUCUUAUGAGUUCUCUGGUUCAAAAAGAAAAGGCAUUGCUCUUUAUACGUCCAGUUGUAUUAAAAAAAAGGAAAAAAAAAAGAAAUUAUAAAUAGUAGAGGGUGGGAUUAUUGGCUGGGUUAGCGUUGAAGGGUAUUGAGAGUAUUAAGUGUUAGUCCCAGUGUUGAACAAAGUGGCAUUUUUUUUAAUUUGGUUGCAUUUUUACUUAACACUGCCAUGAAUAACCUAAGGGAAGUGUAGAAUGGUGUUGGCCAGGGCAUAAAAAGAUGAAUAUGCAUUUUACUAAACUACCUCAGGCAUUUAGUACCUCAAUGAGAAAUUGUUCCUUUUUGCUUUUUUAUUUUUAUUUUAAAUUUUUUUGGUAUUUUGUAUACUUUAUAAAGCUAAUAGUUCUUGAGCAUUUUAUUUUUUUAAUAAAAAAAUAAAAUAUCAGCUACCAGCUAGAGGUGCUACAAAAAGUAUAUUUGGUUGGAGAUGGCAUCUACUAGCUGAUGGCUGAUGGGAGUAAAAGAUGGGGAGUUGCCUUGGUUUUUCCUGAGGCCUUCCACACCAUCAUUUUUGCUAGAAAAUUCAGUGAAUGUUCAAAAAUAGAUACUGAAAUACGCCACCAUACUGAUAACAGCAAUGCCGUUUAUUUUUCUUUUACUAUGGGAUAAAAAAAAAGUUUGACGGUACUUUUUCUGGGAACACAACACAAGGAAGUGAUGGAAAUAGGCCACCUGGGUUUGGGGAAUACAUUUUUUAGAAAAGGUAGAUGUUUUUUCCCCAUUUUUUUAAUUUUGUUUCUCCUUUUUAUUUUUUUGUUUUAAAAUUUUUGGUAUUUUUUUUUUUUCUUUUUCUUCUUUGUGCUGCUUGGUUGAAUGCAAUGAACCCUUUGUGCCUUUGACCAUCACUACCUAACGAUGCUACAUUAAAACAUUUGCAGCCCGUUUUGAACUUUGCCAUUCUGUUCAAAGAGCAAGCUUCAUCGUCAGUUUGGUAAACAAAAAGAGUCACACGUGAUCUAUGGGAGCAUAGAUAUAUAUAAAAUAUAUAAAUAUAUAUUCCUUUUUUAGUUUUAUUUUUUCAUAUCCAUCAGCUGAUGCUUCCCAUCAGAUCAACACAUUAUGUUCAGUUACCACAACUGGGGGAGAGGGAAAAGGGGAGGAAUCAAACGUAUGUUUGAUUCACAUGAACGACAGGCUUACGUUUACAUAUCCAGCCGCAGUAAUAAAAAAAAGAAUUUAAAAGAAAAUAUAUAGAAAAAAAAAGGGCCACACAAAGCCACUUGGAAGGUUUAAAGCUGAAUACAACCAUCUAUUCUGGUUUGAAAUGGCUACAGCAGGGUUUAUGCACACUUAUUUUUUAUUUUUAUUUUUUUUAUACUUCCAACCAACCAUUAACCCUUCAGCUGCCAGGGGCAAGAUGACACAUUGGCCUCGCGCUUCUGGCAGCCCAAGGGUGUAAAGAGGAGAGAAAAAAACGUCAAAAGGCAGGGAUGAAAAGGAAAGCUACCAAAUUCUUUUUAAUUUUCAGAAUGUAAUUUGAAUGAUGAUUGUGGUAAUAUUUACACAUUCAAGUUUCUACAAUAAACUUCAGUCUACCUCAGUUUUUUGAAAUUGUGGCAACACGUGGUGCAUAAAGACUGCUGUGUGUGCGUGUGUGUGUGUAUGUGUGGUCUUAACAGAGCCAUGCGAUUUACCUCUGAACCUUUAUUUUUUUUGUGAUGUUUUUUGUGCAUGAGAUGAUCACAAUCACCAUGCUGCACUGAUUUGAGGGGCACAACUAGCAAAAAAAAAAAGAAAAAAAAAAAUUCAUCAUUUUGUUGAUCUACCUCUUAGAGUCAUAUUGAAAUAGAGGCAUUUCUGCAUAGAAUAGGUAAUUUCCCAAAGAUCAUUGUUGUACAGAUUUAGAUCUUCUUCUUUUUUUUUUUUUUUUUUUCUUUUUUUUUUUCUUAUUUGAAAAUGGUCUGAAGUGUUUUCUUUCUUUAUUCUUCCUCUAUACUUUACUAAUUUGGUUCAAAGAAAUGCUUAAAAAAAAAAACCGAACGGAGAACCUAUGUUGUAGUUUUAAGAGAAACCUGAAUUUUCUUUUCUUGACAAGAGUGACUUCAUUUAGUGUUUUAGGAUUUUUCUUACAUUGAUUUAAAAAUACUGAACUAUGGAAAAAAAAGAGUCAUUAAAAUAGCAUAUUGAACUUUCGUUGAGGCCUAAGUAUAGACCCAACCUAUGUUUUUCUUAACAUGUUGAAGCAGACAUAACUUGAUUAUUUCCAUGAUUUUUUUUAUUAUUUUAUUUUACUUUACAGAUAGGUGCUGCAUUUACAUCUGCUGAUUUAAAUACUGUCACAUCUCUUUCAAUUUCUAGACUGUUAGUGUGGUAAUCAUGUUAUUUUCAAUUGAGACUUGGUAACUUGGAGUAUUUUGGCAAUAGAUACAGUAGAAAGUAAUACUGUUCAUGAGUUUAAUAUCUGCAAAGCAUGGAUCAUUUUUCAUCUGUAAUGUGCCCCCAAGCAGCUCCACUUGCCAGAUGCCUCUGAAUGGAAUAAAGAGUUUAACUCCUAA